AUGCUUUCAAAAUCCACAGUUAACAAGAUUUUGCUAGCAAUUAUAAACAUCAUCAAAUCAAAAAUUAUUCAAGAGAUUGGAGAAAAGAAGUUUUCAGUACAGAUGGAUGGUACACAAGACACCGCAACAGUGGAACAGGAAACAAUAAUUUUGCGUUAUGUUCUUGGCCUGGAAGUCAAGGAGCGUUUGUUUUCCGUACAGAAAGUUUAUGAUGCAUCAGCAGCUGGCAUUUUUCAACUUUUGAAGACAAAUGUUGAGCAACAAGGUCUAAAGAUGGAAAACAUCAUCGGUGAAUCAUUUUACGGAGCAUCAAAUAUGCGUGGGGAAUUCGGAGGUGUACAGAAGCUGAUCAGAGACGUUUCAUCAAAUUCGGUGUACACAUGGUUCUACGCUCAUGUGCUAAACCUUGCUGCUACAGAUAUGGUAGAAAACAUAACCGGGGUGAAAAAUUUGAUCGGCUUGCUUCAAAGUACCGCAACGUUUUUUUCAGAUUCGUGCAAACGAAUGGAUGUUUGGAGCUGGAUAAUGAUUGACGAAGCAGUUGGUUCAGCAAAGCUAAAGAAAUUGCAGAAGAUUGGUGACAUUAGAUGGUGGUCUAAGCAGGCAGCAUUAGAAACAAUUUUUGGGCCGUAUAACAAUAAAUAA